UCGCUUCCACUCACUUCAAAGUGCGUUGUCUUUGCGCCGCCGCCGGUCCCCGCGGUCAGCACCAUCUUCUCCGAUAUUGAGGCGGAGAAGCGUAGACUGGACCGACAAUGUGAAGAUCUUCUCUAUGCCAAACAAAGAUACACUGCUGAAUUUUGUGACCUGAUACUCAGAAGCCUGAGGGAACCCCAUCCUUCCACGCUUACAUGUCCAAUCGCUUGA